CUUUGCCCUUCCAGCGCCGUGUUCACCUGGACCAACCUGCUGGUGGUGGUGGUGGAGCUGUGUGGCUGCGAGCAGGAGGCUCUGGAUUUAGUCCCUCUGGUGACCAACGUGGUCCUGGAAGAGCAUUACCUGAUCGUGGGAGUGGUGGUGGUGGUGGAUCCCGGGGUCAUUCCCAUCAAUUCCCGAGGCGAGAAGCAGCGGAUGCACCUCCGGGACAGUUUCCUGGCGGAUCAGCUGGACCCCAUUUACGUGGCCUACAACAUGUGAUGGGAGGAGCUGCAGGAGCCCAGAAGGACCAGGGUGGUGAUGGAAGUGAAGCUGGUGAAAUUACUAAUACUUGACCUACAGUUUGAGGUUGCUGCCACAUUCCCUCCCUCCCUCCCGGCCCCGGCGGAGCAGAGGGAAUUUGGGAGGCGACUGGCAAACCUUUG